CCAGCCGCACUAGUUUAUCAAGGAAUCAAGAGUUGUCACCCAAAAUAUUUCUCUCUCCUCAACCCCUCUACUAGUCUGUUGUCAGCCUACUCUUUUCUUUUCAAUCGAACACGCUUCUGUUGUCAUUUGAUCGGCCGACGGUGAAAGCUUCCUCUGCUCCGCCAACUCUUUAAUGGAAGAUUAGGAGAUUCUUUAUCCUCUUCCCACUGAUUUGAAGAUUUUUCUCUCUCCUAUGGCCGAUAAUUCCAAGGAUGACCUGCUCCAGCUUGUUAAGCGCAUCAGUGCUUUUCUCACCGUAAAAAUGGCCAACUUAUUCACCAUCACUUUCCAGAAAUUGGAUCUAUUUUCUGUUGGUGCUCUUGCGGGACUUGCUGUAGCUAUUAUUUUUACCUGGAAAAUAUUUCCGAAUGCUCCACAAAGAAGGCAACCGAAACGGCAACCUGCUAGAGCUAGUAGUUCUGGUGUCAAUGUGCAGGCAGCUGCAGCAGAGUCUUCUGGUGCUUCUGCAUCAUCAGAGGAUUUGAGGGCACAAGAUGUGAUUGAUGAUUUUUUUCAGCCUGUGAAGCCAACAUUGGCGCAAAUUGUGAGGCAGAAAUUAUGUGAAGGGAGGAAGGUGACCUGCCGUAUACUUGGUGUUGUCCUUGAAGAAACUAGUCCAGAAGAGCUCCAGUUGAAGGCGACAGUUAAAUCCUCUGUGUUGGAAGUUUUGUUGGAGAUUACGAAAUUCUGUGACCUAUAUCUCAUGGAAAGAGUUCUCGAUGAUGAAAGCGAAAAAAGGGUUCUUUUGGCUUUGGGGGAAGCAGGAAUCCUUGCAUCCGGAGGUUUAAUCAAAGACAAGGUAUUGUUUUGUAGUACAGAGAUUGGGCGCACAUCAUUUGUACGGCAACUGGAGCCAGAUUGGCAUAUUGACUCAAAUUCUGAAAUUACUUCUCAGUUGGCGAGAUUUAUCAAAUAUCAGCUUCAUAUUUCUCCAAGCAGACCUGAACGAUUGGCUUCAAAUGUUUUCUGUUCUACAUCCCUGGAACAUUUCUUUGGAUGUGUUUGAUAUUUUGAAGACAGUAGGAUGUGCUAAUGCUUCGUAUGCUGCUUCUCGCUGCUGCCUUCUUUUCUCUCUUCAUUUUGAUGUAGGUUAUAUUACUUAUGCCGGACUUGCUAUUUCUAAUUUUUGCAGGUCGAACGUUACUCCUUCUCCAUUAAUUGUGGAGGGCGAGAUUUUCUUGUAAUUUAUGUAGUGUCCGUUUUCUUUAGUGCUUUGACCAUGGAUGUUAUUGGCCAUAGGCCAUAGAUUGAUUUGUAUUAUUGAAAUGUUGAAUUGAUGGACUUUCCAGCUGGGGGGUGUUUUGGUACA